AUGGCGUCUCGGCGACUCGAUGGAGGCGCGCGCGUGACGCCGCGAACGCAGCGACGAGGUCAUCAUCACGUUCGAUCGGUCUCGCGCGCGUCUCGGGCGCGGGUGCGCGCGGCGAGCGCGGUCGAGCUGGAGGGGAGAGAGAACGGUGAGGUGAAGGUGCUCGUUGUCGGCGCCACGGGGUACAUUGGAAAGUUUGUCACGCGUGAGUUGUGCGCGCGCGGAUACGACGUCACGGCUUUCACGCGCGAGAAGAGCGGCAUCGGUGGGAAGACGGGCGCGGACGAAGCGCGGGCGUUGUUUCCGAACGCGACGGUGAAGUUUGGCGAUGUGUCGGACGCGUUGAGCGUGGAGAGGGACGCGUUCGGUGAGGAGAAGUACGACGUGGUGGUGUCGUGCCUGGCGUCUCGCACGGGCGGGGUGAAGGACUCUUGGGACAUCGAUUACCAGGCGACGAAGAACGUUUUGGACGCGGCUCGGGCGAACGGGAGCAAGCACUUCGUGUUGCUGAGCGCGAUCUGCGUGCAGAAGCCGUUGUUGACGUUCCAAAAGGCCAAGCUGAAGUUUGAGCAAGAGUUGCAAGAGGCCGGGGACAUUUCGUACUCCAUCGUGCGCCCGACGGCAUUCUUCAAGUCGCUCGCUGGACAAGUCGAGGUCGUGCAGAAGGGUGGCCCGUACGUCAUGUUCGGUGACGGUCAAUUGGCUUCGUGCAAGCCCAUCUCCGAGAGCGAUCUCGCCAAGUUCAUGGCGGAUUCCAUUCGCGAGCCAUCCAUGAUGAACAAGGUGCUCCCCAUCGGAGGCCCCGGCGAGGCCAUGUCGGCGCUUCAACAAGGCACGAUGCUCUUCGAGAUCCUCGACAAGGAACCGAAGUUCGUCAAGGUACCGAUCGAAAUCAUGGACGUCGUCAUCAAGGUGCUCGACGUCUUCGCCGGUUUCUUCUCAAACAUGAAGGACGCUGCGGAGUUUGGGAAGAUUGGCCGAUACUACGCCGCUGAGUCCAUGCUCGUCAUGAACGACAAGGAGCAGUACGACGCGGACGCAACGCCGAGCUACGGUACGGACACUCUUAAGGACUUCUUCGUCAAGGUGAGUAAGGAAGGCCUCGCGGGCCAAGAGCUCGGUGACCAAGCCGUCUUUAAGUGA